AUGCUAACCUCGGGUUCCCGGCGCUCUACGGUGAUCAAUUAUCCCCAGCGUACGCCCGUCGAGAGCCUCGAAGCGGCCCUCGCCAAGAACCUUCGCUUCCAAAAUCCCAAUGCGCAUCUGGAGGCCGAGGCGCAGGCAGCCAAGCAGAAGGCAGCCGCCUCGGCCCCAUCAGCGCGCCAGGCCGGCGUUCCUCCCAAUCAGCCCCAGAAGCCCGAGGACAAGGACUCGCCCGAGUACAAGAAGAAGGUUGCCUUACAAACGCUACCGAUCCUCGAAACUAAGAACAAUGCGGGCAGCUAUGGCAUGUCGGAAUCUCUCUUCACCUCCCUAAAGGACAUCUUUGAGUCGCUAGUCGGCAGCCAGACCCGGAUUGGAGUAAUUCGGCCACAGCAGUUCUUGGAUGUGCUACGACGCGAACACGAAAUGUUCCGCACCGCAAUGCACCAGGAUGCGCACGAGUUUCUGAAUUUACUGCUCAACGAAGUAGUCUCGAAUGUCGAGGCUGAAGCGACAAAGCAGUCCUUCUCGGAGAAAACGCUGCCACCAGCGCCCUCAGAUAGCGCGGACUCGCUAGGCAUGUUGACCAAUAGUACAGGCUCAAAAUCGCCGAACACGACGAGAUGGGUGCACGAACUCUUUGAGGGGACCUUGACGUCGGAAACCAAAUGCUUGACGUGCGAGAAGGUCUCCCAGCGUGACGAGGUGUUUUUGGACCUUUCGGUCGAUCUUGAGCAGCAUUCAUCCGUUACCUCUUGUCUUCGUAAAUUCUCCGCCGAGGAGAUGCUUUGUGAACGGAACAAAUUUCACUGUGACAACUGCGGUGGUCUGCAAGAGGCAGAAAAGCGAAUGAAGAUCAAACGGCUGCCUCGAGUAUUGGCUUUGCAUCUGAAGCGCUUCAAAUACACAGAAGACCUGCAGCGACUCCAGAAGCUCUUUCAUCGGGUUGUGUACCCAUACCACCUGCGUCUCUUCAACACGACCGACGAUGCCGAGGAUCCCGAUCGCCUGUACGAGUUGUAUGCAGUGGUUGUUCACAUCGGUGGAGGACCAUACCAUGGUCACUACGUUGCGAUCAUCAAGACUGAGGACCGUGGCUGGCUACUCUUCGAUGACGAGCUGGUGGAACCAGUCGACAAGAACUAUGUUAAGAACUUCUUCGGUGAUCGACCCGGUCUUGCCUGUGCAUAUGUUCUUUUCUACCAGGAGACCACUCUCGAGGCUGUUAUGCGUGAGCAGGCUCAAGAGGACCAAGCAUCUAGCGCGGCGGCUGAAGCCGGCGAAGCGCCCAAAUCAAACGGUUAUCCGUUGUCUCCCGGCCUGAUGCAUGUGCACAGUGCCGGUCAAGUGCCUCCGGAUGAUCCCAAUCGUUUUGUUCCGAUCAGUCGAACUUCCACCGCCCCUCCGAUGCCCACUCAUCCCGAGGCCCCCGAACUCGAUACAUCAUCCCAGUCGUCUCAUCAGCCCGUCCAGCCUCCUCAAACGCCGCUUCCACCGAUUCCCGACGAGCAACCCUUGCCCCUGAGCCCGAAGAAGAGCGAUGUUCAGCUGAAGAAAGAGAAGGCUCGCGAGGAGAAAGAGCUUCGAGCUGCAGAAAAAGAGCGAGAAAAGAAUGAAAAGAAGCGCCGCAAGGAACUUGAGCUACAGCAUCAAUUGGACGCCAAGCGCGAAGCAGAGGAGCUGCGCCGGGCCAUUGAAGCCAGCAAAGCCGAUGCCGAUCUUGGCCCCGAGAAUGGAUCGCCAAGGAAGUCGUCUAGCCUGAACUUCCUGCGACGGAGCAGUCGCAGUCUGAGCCACCGUCUGAGCAAGGACAAGGAGCCUCGAGUCUCGACCUCCGACCUUGUGCCUACGCCAGUUCCUGAGGCACCAGCCAAGGAGGCCGCCCCAGCUGUCCAACCACCCGCUCGAUCGCCGACUUCGCCAGCGCUAGUUCAAUCAGUGACCCCACAGGCGCCUCCACAGGAAAAAGAUAUAUCGGCCCCGACCAUUUCCAAUCCCAAGAUGGCUUCACGGGUGCCGGCACCCCCGCCAAUCCCCAAGGAUCAAAAGAACGACAAAGCAGGCCACACACACCGCUGGAGGUCCCUCAGCUUCAAAAAGGCAACAUAA